AAACAGAAAGAAAGACCAGGAAAAAAGUUGGAACUUUAAGGAACAUAAGAAGAAGAAGAAGCCCAACGCCACCCAGUUGACUUUUUGGUAUUUAAGAGAUCACAAGCACCGAACUUGUUUGAACAAUCAAUCCCAUUUGAAUCCCCCUUUCAUCUCUGCCAUCAUCAUAUCACAGGACACAUUUACCUCCCAAACAUGGGGAAUGGCGAAUCAACGUUUGAAGAUUCUCAAGAUAAUUUUCCACCUGAACCACCUUCCUAUGCAGGCACUUCAAUGGACUCUAGUCAUCAACAAAAGCUACCAUUUACACGUAUAGGCGAUGAUUUCAACUCGUUGGAUCAGGUUAUUGCUGCUUUGAGAGAAGCUGGCCUUGAAUCAUCCAAUUUAAUACUUGGUAUCGACUUCACAAAGAGCAAUGAAUGGACAGGCAAAUAUUCAUUCAACAGAAAAAGUCUUCAUGCUAUCGGUAGCACACCUAAUCCUUACGAGCAAGCAAUCUCUAUAAUCGGACGCACUUUAUCUCCUUUCGAUGAAGAUAAUAUAAUUCCUUGCUUUGGAUUCGGCGAUGCAUCAACACAUGAUGUAGGUGUGUUCAGCUUUUAUCCUGAUGAUCGAUGCUGUGUUGGGUUUGAGGAAGCUCUUGCUCGGUAUAGGGAGAUUGUUCCAUACUUAAGGUUAUCAGGUCCAACCUCAUUUGCCCCAAUAAUUGAUGCGGCAAUUGACAUUGUUGAAAAGAGCAAUGGACAAUACCAUGUUCUUGUCAUUAUAGCUGACGGACAGGUUACCAGGAGCCCUGAUACUCCACCCGGAAGAUUCAGUACCCAAGAACAAGCGACUGUAAAUUCCAUAGUUGCUGCUAGCAAAUAUCCUCUGUCAAUCAUCUUGGUUGGAGUUGGGGAUGGACCGUGGGAUGCAAUGCAGAAAUUUGAUGAUAACAUUCCGCAGCGAGCAUUUGACAACUUCCAGUUUGUCAACUUCACCAAGAUCAUGUCAGACAACAGGGAUUUAUCACAGAAGGAAGCAGCAUUUGCACUUGCUGCCCUUAUGGAAAUUCCAUCUCAGUACAGAGCCACCCAAAGGCUUCAUUUUUCCAGUUAUGAAUCGGAAGGUGGUCCACGUACAAGGCCACUUCCACCUCCACGCGAUGUGAUCAAUCACGAUAAUGCAGUUAAAUCAAUUCCACCAAUGACAAGCUUUCCGAAAGUUGAGCCAUCAGCUCCCGGCCUGCCAGUAGCUCCUGUGGAAUCGGUGUGCCCAAUUUGCCUGACAAAUCCUAAGGACAUGGCUUUCCAAUGUGGUCAUACGACCUGCAAGGAUUGUGGAGUUAGUCUUUCAUCAUGCCCUCUGUGUCGACAACCCAUAUCAACACGCCUGAGACUCUACACUUGAGUUAGCUAUUGUUUUCCGAUCUCAAGUGCCUCAUGUUGAACCACGGUAGUAAUGAAAUUUCUCAGAGCAGAUAUAUCAUUGUGUUUUACACAAUUUCAUCAUGUGUCCAAGUUUGCUGAUUUCUCCAGUAUGGUCGGUGCCGCAUUGAAAGUGUAAAUGUAAUAAUGUAUAUAAGUUAUUUGGAGCACAUAGAAGAAAAAGCCAGAUGUAAUGACCUGUUGUUGAGUAACAAUUUCAUUCAUUUUGUUGUAACCUUUGUUCGCUUGGUUUGUAAAGAUUCAGAAACUAGCUUGAAUUACAAGGCAAUAAACA